AUGGCCACCGAGCCCCCCGCCCCGCGGCGGCGGCAGGCCGCCCCGGCGCCGGAGCCCCCCGGGCCGCCCCCGGCCGCCCCCGCGCCCGCGCCCCCCGGGCCGUCCCCGCCGCCGCCCUCGCCGCGCCUCCUCAACGGCUGCGUCCCGCUCUCGCACCAGGUGGCCGGGCACAUGUACGGCAAGGACAAAGUGGGCAUCUUGCAGCACCCAGAUGGCACAGUCCUGAAGCAGCUGCAGCCGCCGCCUCGAGGCCCGAGGGAGCUGGAUUUCUACAGCACAGUUUAUGCUGCUGAUUGUGGGGAUACUGUUCUCCUAGAACUACGGAAAUAUUUGCCAAAAUAUUAUGGCAUCUGGUCACCACCUACUGCACCAAAUGAUUUAUACCUAAAACUGGAAGAUGUGACGCAUAAAUUUAACAAGCCCUGUAUAAUGGAUGUAAAAAUAGGGCGGAAAAGCUAUGAUCCAUUCGCCUCUUCUGAGAAGAUUCAGCAGCAGGUCAGCAAGUACCCACUAAUGGAAGAGAUUGGGUUCUUGGUGCUUGGCAUGAGGGUUUAUCAUGCUCAUUCUGAUAGUUAUGAGACACAGAACCAGCACUAUGGAAGAAGUUUAACUAAAGAAACAAUCAAAGACGGAGUGUCCAGAUUUUUUCACAAUGGUUACUGUUUGAGAAAGGAUGCAAUUGCUGCCAGCAUUCAGAAGAUUGAGAAAAUCCUUCAGUGGUUUGAAAGCCAGAAUCAACUGAACUUUUAUGCAAGUUCCUUACUGUUUGUUUAUGAAGGCUCAUUGCUGCCAGCAGCCAACAAACUGGGUGAUGGAACUUCAGCAGAGAAGACCUUGUGGGCCAAAGGACCGCUGCCGGGCGCCCGAGUGCUCGAGUAUAACAACAACAUUCGCUUACUGGGUUCUCCCGAGAAUGGAAAAGUGGGGGCCCCUGUAGGCAAAGUGUAUGUGCGUCAUAAAGAGGCAUGUGCCAAGAACCAUCACAGCCAGACUUCAUUGACAGUUGAAAAUAGGGAGCAGGGCAAUGUAUGGAAAAGCAGCAACUGCAUGUCCCAGGAACACUUGAAUGGCAAUGUUCUCUCUCAACUGGAAAAGGUCUUCUACCACCAUCCCUCAGAGCUCCCUGACAGUACAGAUGUGGAAGUGCGGAUGAUCGACUUUGCUCACGUGUUUCCUAGCAACACAAAGGAUGAGGGAUAUAUAUAUGGGCUGAAACACCUGAUUACUGUACUGCAAAAUAUUUUAGACAAUUAAACGGUUUGCUACGUUCUUUUUAUGGGGCCAAUGAAAAAGAAGAGCAGCAAUGAAUCCCUGCCCUUGUAAUGUUAUGUAACAGAUUUGUAUUGUGAUUCAACUACAUUUUAUUUGUCUUUGUACUUUUUGGUAGAAGGGUUCACUUUUUUAUACUCUUACUCAGGAAAACUAAUUAAUAGUUAGUUGUUCAUUAGAAAACUACGAACAAAGAAAAAGACAUAGGAAAUGUCAAGCAGGGGAUGUGGCGGUCCGUGACUUAGUCUAUGUCUGAUUGGCCUAAGUUAAAUAAAAACUCUGGAGUUUGAAGGGUUUGCUUCCUGUAGCAAAUUCAUCAAUGCGUCCCUGUUAACCCUGUCUUGCCAUUGAGCCAUAGUGAAUAGAAUACAGACUGAAACAAGAACAAGCUGACAUCAUCAGCUUGCCCGUGGCCCUGGACCAACUCAUUAAACUGGAGAAAGUCUGAGUUGGUGAAGAAAUAAGAAGGAGAAAGUCUAGCUUCUCUCUUCCAUGUUCAGACCAGCAGAUCACAGGUGCUAAGGUGCUUCUUUCUCAAUGGAUAGUAUUCUUGUUGCUUUUUCAAAAGAUCAUCCGUCCCUUUUGUUUCCAAAAUAGCUUGUUUGAAAGGCAACAAUAAACUUGCUAGACUCUGUCUGAAAUCAUAUGGUUUGGAAUCUGAAGGGAUAUUGUUACUGAAUACAUGUAUACAGCUUUCUUCUCUGAGAGAAUCAAAACUCUUACUCAGUGGAGGAUUGAAGUUACUUUUAAAAUUUUAGUGGCGCUUUUGCUCUUAGAGGUGAAGAAGCAUUUCAUUUUACCACCAUUUGUUUGAGAGAAACCAUAUGAACUUGUUGCUAAAGUAAUGUCUCCAUUUUCUUAAGCAAGGACAGCAGUCAUUAGCAGAUUUUUUUUCCCCCUUUGGUGUAUUAUAUAAUAGGGUUCAGUGCUUUUUCUAUAAAAUCCAACUUUUUACAAUUUUUAUUUAAUCCAAGAGAGUUUAAUUAUAAAUAUAUAUAGUUGUACAUUUCAGAUCACAUGAUCACAUGGAUUGAUGACUUUCACCUUUAGAAUUGGGUUUUAUUGAGGGAAGAUGCCACUUUGCACACAUUCUUAGGUAUUUUUAUAGAAAUUGAAAAAUUGGAUUCUUAAGUAUUUGCUGUAAGUAAAAAAGGAAAAAAAAAUCUUUCUUGAUGCCAUAUCCUUUUUUUGAAAUUGCAUACCUGAAAUUUUUUUCACAUUUUUUCAUUUUUGGCAGGGGUGGUUAUAUUGUAUUCUUUUGGUUCUAGUCAAGUCAGUCAUAAUUUGAAAGACUAGUUCAUAAUGGAACGAUGUCAUUGGGAGUUUACUGGAGUUUAGUUUCAGUUUUGCUUAAAGGGAAUAUCACAAGAAAAACACAGUUUUAGUUCUAGCUUCAAGGUUAGUUUUCCAGUAUUUUGCAAACUAUAUAUAGUCAGAGUCCAUUGAAAAUCAGAAAUACUUGGGUAUUUUGUGUUUAAGUCCUAGACUAAGUUGAAGGGGAAAUGUUGAUUAUGGGUUUUGUUUUGUUUUUUUUCAAAUCUUUUGCAAUCCAUAUAGUUACUCCUCUUGUGUUUUGAUUCAUUUCUAAAUUUGCCACAUUCCAGAAAAAUAUUUGCUUGGCUGUUGAUUGUUUUUUGGCCCUUCCACACAAUAGAUACCUUCGAAAAGAGAAACCACUGGUAAGGGUGAGAAUUAUUUGUGCUUAUAAACUCCAGUCUGUCUCUCCCCUUCUCCCCUUUUUUCUCUUUUUUUUUUCCCCCAGGUAGAGGUGGAGGAUUGACAGGAAUGAUUUUGACUUACUUCCUAACUCAGAGACCAGCCUGCACAAUUCCUGAAUCUGAAAAAAUAGAGCUGUUUUAUAGGAGUUCAUUUUGUGAUUUAACAGUACCAUAAUACAUUCUGUAGUAGAAAUCUGGUUGCAUUUUAUAGUUUUAUAAGCAGGAGAAAAAUGCAGUUGCAUUUGUAGUUGUUUAGGAGUCAGUUUUGAGAAUUGGUCUUAUCCUUAGAUAGCAGUAACUGGGCUUUUGUCUUGUGUUCCUGGACGCUUCCCUUCCUCCCCACUUCCCACCACAUACACCAUGAGGCAAACAGAAUAAUAGCAAAAUCUUUGGGUUGAAAAAGAAAAGCAAAGAAAAAUCAUAUCCAAGAAAGUUACCACUUUCCCCUUAGGAAGGGUCAUGAAUAUGAUGAGUUCAUUUAACUUGAAACUCAGAAGAUUAAGUUUGAUUUAACUAUGGCAAGAGCCUUUGUGUAGAAUAGUAUUUGUGUAUCUACUGUGAGUUUAAUAGAUUUGUAUUAUUUGCAAAUUUUUUUCUUUUUUUUUCUUUUUCUUUUUUUUUUUUUUUUUGCACAUUCUAGAUCAGUAAAGUAUCGAAUAAGCCUACCAGAAUUGUUCUCACCUGUUAUUUCAGGUAUAUUUUUGUGAAAUCAGUUUCCUAUCUUUGGCUAGUGUACUGAUCACUGCAAUUCAAUUCUUUAUAUCAAAACAAUGACUG